AUGCAGGAGGUCCUGGAUUUGGGGCACAUCGCCCGGGAGGUGCCGCAGAAUUUGCCCACGGGCGACCUUCCCUUUGACAUCGCCGGGCACCCCGCGGUGCGCCACACCGUGGCCAAGCGCCUACUGGACCGGAUGCAGGCGGAGAUGAAGCGCUUCGCGGAGAUGCAGAAGGACACCCCGGCCCCUCGCGUGCGGGAGCUCAGCGAGGCGGCAGAUGCGGCCUUUGUGGACUCGGCGUUCAAAGAGCUCCUAAAGCGGGGCAACACCAUCGAGAUCUCGGAGGAAGGGGUGGCCAAAGCCUCGAACGGUGGGGCGCGGGCGGCCACGGACGCGAACAUGGCGCGGCUGAAGCACUGGCUGCUGCGAGUCUCGGGCCACGAGUCGGAGGCCUGGUUGCAGCGGGCCUGCCGUUCCUUGCUCUCCUCAUCGGCAACAACGGACUGGCAAAGGAUCAACCCGUUCCUCACAGACAGCGAGGUGAGGGACAUCCUGCAGCUGACGGCCCAUGCCAUGCUCCGCGCCGUGCGAGUGGUCCUGGCCAACGGCUCCUUGGCAGAGGCUCGGGACUUGCAGAAGAUGCUCACAAAGGCCAUCAGCACCGUAAAAGAGACGGGCAAGCUUCCCAACGACGUCCGCGUGGGCCUCGCCGAGAAGGGCGAGGUCCUGGCGCGCCGAAUCGACGCCCGGCGCCACUACGUCUCCGAGACGUUGUCCUACGACCCCCACUUCUUGGUCUUUGAAUUCUCGGACAACAAGAUGCUCCAUGGCCGGCAGGUGGCGAUCAUCUCAGACUUCCAGCGCACCGUGGAGGGCGGUGAGAGCGGCGUGAAGCAGAUGAUCAUGGGAGCCGGGAAGACGACGGUCGUCAGCCCACUCUUGUCUAUGCUUUUGGCCAAUGGCAAGCGCCUGGUCAGUCUGGUCGUCCCCUCGGCCUUGCUUGAGUUCUGCCGCGGCGUGCUGAUGGCGGUGUUCUCCUCCAUCAUCCAGAAGCGAAUCUGCAUGUUCCACUGCGACCGCUCCGAGGAUGUGGACAUUGCCAUCUGUGACCGGAUUGAGGCCGUUCGGAACGAAGGCCACAUUCUUCUAACCAAGCCAACAGACGUCAAGAGCCUGAUCUUGCGCUUCGUCGAGAACCUGGACAUCUGCAACGACCGGCGUGCCAAGCGCAACACUGCGGCCCUGCAGAAGGAGACCAUUGAGCUCGGCCGAGUAUUGGAGGUCUUCUCCAAAGGCGUGUGCAUGAUCGACGAGGUGGACCUGGUUCUGCACCCCCUGCGGAGCGAGCUCAACUUCCCCAUCGGGCCCAAGAAUCUCAUCGACUUCGCACCGCACCGCUGGCAAAUCCCGCUACACCUGCUAGAAGGCAUCUUCAUCAGCGAGCUUCAGGCGGGUAAGGACGGCGAGCUCACGCCCCCGGAGCGCUUCGCGGACAGCGCCCUGGCCAAGGACAUCCUGAAGCAGAUCGCGAAGACCGUCGCCGACGGGACCCGCGAGUUGAAAAUGCAGCGCAGCCCGCAUCUGGUCUUGCUGAACCUGGAGUUCUAUGAGGAGAAGCUGAAGGAGGUGAUGUGCUCUUGGAUGUCCCUGUGGCUCGCCUCCGAGCAUGUUGGCCGCAGCUUCGCGCACGAGCGCGAGGGCACCAUCGACGGUGGCCUCUCCGACCAGGAGGUUCGAGAGUACCUCCGGCAGGUGGCCGCCCCCGACUCGCCGCUGGCCAAGCGGGUGGAGAUGCUCCCCAAGAGAGACGUCCAGAUGCUCAACCUGUCCGCCGACUGGCUCUCGAUCUUCCUGCCGCACGUGCUCCAGAAGAUCAACAGGGUCACCUACGGUAUCAUGACCGACACACAGGUAGAGCAGGCCCUCAUCAAGCAGCCCGGCAUGCCCAUGACGCGUGCCAAGCUUUCCAUCCCCUUCAUCGGCAAGGAUGUCCCGUCGCCGUCCUCGGAGUUCGCCCACCCGGACAUCACCAUCGGCCUGACCCUCCUCAGCUUCCGCUACGAGGGGCUCCGAAUGUCGGACUUCGACGCCGUCCUGGACCUCCUGGUGGCGAACCUCGAAGCCGAGCCCGGCGUGGCUGCGGAGCGGCCCACGGCGAUGCUCUUCAAGCGCUGGGUCGAAGGCUCCGGGGGGGUCCUUGCGACCAGGCGCCAGGAGCUCCAGGACCUCACCCCCGAAGAGCUUGCCGCGGCGCGAGCGGCGGAGGUGCGCGAGAAGAAGGUGCGCAUCCUGCCGCUGCACAUGCUGGAGCGCAGCAACCGCCGGCAGAUGAACGAGCUCUUCAAGCUCCUCCGGAAGAAUGGUCAGGUGGUCGCCUGGUACCUGGAGUCCAUCGUCUUCCCUGAGCACCUCCGCUUCCAGGAGGUGAAGCUCAUGUCGUCGGGGCAAGAUCUCGGUGGCGCCCUGCUCUUCAAGGAGCGCAUCGGCUUCAGUGGGACGCCCUCGGAUCUGAUGCCCCGGGAGCUCGGCUCCUGCGACUUCGAGCCCGGGAGCGAAGGCAGCAUCGUCCACACGCUGACGAACCCAGAGGUGGUGUCCUUCGAAGUCUUCGGUGCUGAUUGGACCGUCACAAGCCUGCUUGACCGCAUUGCGGUGGGUGGCUUCCACGCCCUCAUAGACACGGGAGCCCUCAUCACCGGCUUGUCCAACAAGGACGUGGCCGUGUACCUCCUUGGCUUGGACAAUGCCCAGGUGCCUCACCCCACUCUGCCAAGCAGCUUCCAGGGGGUGGUCUUCAUCGAUGACGAAGGAUCGAAGAAGAUCCUUCUCAGGCAAACCCAGGAAGUUCUGAACUUGGCUGACUGCGGCAUCCCGGCCACCAGCCGCUUCGCCUUCUACGACCAG